AUGCAGCACGGCAAGACGGUGAAGGAGAGCCUUGUCGACGCCAACAAAUACAAGACUCUCAUCCAGCUGGCCGAAGCUGCGGGCGUGGACUUGGACGUCUCCAACUGCACGGUCUUUGCGCCCAAUGACGCGGCCUUCGCGAGCACGCCCCCGGGCUUCGUCACCAACCUGCUGGCGCGUCCCGCGGAAGCCGCCGCCGUCAUCGCCCGCCACAUCCUCCCCGACCGCGUUUACACGUCCAAGCAGAUCCGCGGCUGCGGCUUCUGGGACGGCGUCCCCGGCGGGCCGCUGCCCUAUGAGGGCCUUGGUGCGAUCGUGCGCGUCGGCAAUACCCGCAUCUUGAACGACAGCUGUAACGAUGAGUGCGUCAACGGCAUCAUUCAUACCGUCGAUGCCGUGAUCUCCACCCCGAUGCACAAACCUGAGGGCGUUGCGAAGACUUACGUCCCGUCCGUCCCGACCUUUACGGAUAGUACCGUGGGCUCGCUAUAUCCGACGGGCACCUAUUCGAGGGACACUAGCCGUGCAGUGGGUGCGUGUUUGCCGAGCACCUCGGGGGGGAGGAAGGCCAUGGGUCUCGUCAACCAACUCCCGUUCUGGCAGUACGGGCCCCCCUUCAACGCUGCCAAGCAGGAGGAUUAUGAGCCCAUUUCCAUUGCCCAGCCGGAGGGCGCCUCUGUUGAUUAUCAGCUCAUGCCUCCAGGAACGGUUAUCGUCACCCCGGAUGAGGUUAGCGCUGAUAAGCUCUUGCCGGUUUCGGGUAUGUCCAAGUAUAUUGGCAAGACGAAGAGGUUGGUCGAGGAGGGCGCGCAGUCCGACUAUUCUCGGUUGCCGUAUUGA